CUAUUGUUUUUGACCUUCAUUAUUAUUAUUAUUAUUGAAGAAAAAGGGAAACAACCCCAGAAGCUCUUUUCCUUGGACCUUGUUCUUCUACAUAGCUUAGCAAGGCUGCUGGCAGCUAUGCAUUUGAGCUUGCCUGCCUUGUAACAAGCCUCCUCUUCGCUCAUAUAAAUAUCUCUCUUCUUCCAUUCUUUCUAUUAUACUUACUGUAACUUUCUUUUCUUUUCUUUUCCCUCAGCUCUCAUAUUUCUCGGAAAAAGAUUUAAAAAAAACAAAAAAACAAAAGAGACAGCUUCCUCAAAGCACUCACAACAUAGUUAUAUCUGCUUCUCUCUCUCUUAAAAUAAUAUUUUUAUUCCUUUCUUCGAACUGGGGUUUUAGUUCUUUUAGCAGCCAACCAUAUAUAGCAUAAAAAGCAAGCUUUCUCUCUGUUUUUGGGUUGAGUCGUUUAAACGGCAAGGCUAACUCAGAACAUAAAAGUUGAAAAGGAAGUUUGGGUUUUGAACAUAAGAAAUGGUGCAGCAUCAGCGUUACAGUCAGUUGAAAAAUGGUGGAGAUGAAGAGGCAGCAACCCUUGUUUUCGUGUGGACGAACCGUGGUUAUUACAGGAGAAGAAGGCCUAAGAUUCUCUCUUUCCUUUUACUUUCUCUUCUUUCUUGUGGCUUCAUAUUGGCUCCUCACUUCUUUAGCUUUUCUUCUGCUUUAUCUCAUCUCUCAGAUUUUUUUGGUGUACAAAAUGACGGCCUUUCUGGUGAUUUGGAUGUAAAUGCUCCUCUUUGUUCUUCAAUCUCUAAUGGUUCAGUUUGCUGUGACAGAAGCCAUUUUCGAUCUGAUAUUUGUUUUAUGAAAGGUGACAUAAGAACACAUUCUCCCACCUCUUCGGUUUUCCUUUAUUCACCAAAAAACAGCGACGAUAACGUUUCAAGUACGGUUGAUGGUGAUGAACUUCAACACGAAAAGAUCAAACCUUAUACCCGAAAAUGGGAAACGAGUAUAAUGGCCACCAUUGAUGAAUUGAACCUUAUCUCAAAGAGACGAAAUUCGGACGUUGACCAUUCUUGUGACGUAAUUCAUGAUGUUCCAGCAGUUAUCUUCUCAACUGGAGGCUACACAGGCAACGUUUAUCAUGAGUUCAAUGAUGGGAUCAUCCCUCUGUACAUCACUUCGCAGCAAUUUAACACGGAGGUGGUGUUUGUGAUCCUUGAAUAUCAUGAUUGGUGGGUUAUGAAGUAUGCUGACAUCCUUCCACAUCUCUCCAGUUAUCCACCAAUAGACUUCAAUGGAGACAAUCGAACCCAUUGCUUUACUGAGGCAAUAACUGGGCUUAGAAUCCAUGAUGAGCUCACUGUGGACCCUAUAUUGAUGAAGAACAAUGAGAGUAUUGUGGAUUUUCGAAACCUUCUUGAUAGAGCUUACCGACCCAGAAUUACAGGUUUGAUACGAAAAGCACAGGAGAAGACAUCAGGGUGUGCAUUAGCUACCCCAAAAAGGAUGCACAAUCAACCAAAGAAACCAAAGUUGGUGAUACUGUCUCGGAAAGGUUCUAGAGCAAUAACUAACCAAAACAUUUUGGUGAAAGCAGCAGAGGAAAUUGGGUUUGAGGUUCAUGUUUUGAGGCCGGAGCCAACAACGGAAUUAGCAAAGAUUUACAUGGAACUUAAUUCAAGCGAUGCCAUGAUUGGUGUCCAUGGUGCUGCCAUGACUCAUUUCUUGUUCAUGAGACCUCGCUACUCGGUUUUCAUUCAAGUGAUCCCCCUAGGAACAGAUUGGGCAGCUGAGACAUACUACGGGGAGCCAGCAAGGAAGCUUGGUUUGAAGUAUAUUGGGUACAAAAUCAGCCGUAGAGAGAGCUCAUUGGUUGAUGAAUAUGAUAAAGACGAUCCCGUUCUCACAGACCCUUCUAGUUUAAAUCAAAAGGGAUGGGAAUACACCAAGAAAAUCUAUCUUGAGCGUCAAACCGUAAAAUUAGACCUCACCAGAUUCCGGAAGCGCCUUCUUCGUGCUUAUGACUAUAUCACUAGAAUUCAUCUCCAGUCUCAGCAUUUGGCUUAAUGAAAUGUGAUCCUUUGGAACCACACACACGUAGAUAUUAUACAGCUGAUUUGUACAGUCGGCAAACUUUUUGUACAUUGUAUUGUUCAGCCUAAUCAGUUGUUUUCUCUAAAA